UAGACUACUACAGCUAACACCGGGAGGACAGUUUGGCUCUGAAACACAGCACACAGGAGGCGCUCCGGUGAAGUUGUGCCCCGGUCGGUCGCGAGUUUUGUGCGCUCGGAAAAGACCACGGAGGCAGAGCUGGAUCAUAUAGCUGCUGUUUUGGAGGUAACGUUAUCGGUAACAGAGAGCCCAAAGCUGCAAGACAUGAAAUCCUUGUCGAGUGGACGAUUAUAGUUUUGAAAUAAAGUUACUGCUGCUGGCUGAGAAGAAUCUGUUUUUUUUGCUUUUCAAUUGGACCAUUGUCCUCAGGCAGCUGCUCUUUCAAUGUGGGAUACAGUUUUGGUGCUUUUGCCAGGCUGAAAUCCUCCAGGGUCAGGACCUCCCUCAUGGCAGCCUUACUCCUCGGGCUGCUGCUUUUUGCAAUGCAGUCUCCCCCCAUCCCCUCCAGGCCUGUCGCUGACGAAGGGCCACCUUCAUAUCCCACCUCAUCGCCCACCGACAACGAGCCCACCAGCCACCCAAACGGGACCCUCCAACAGCUGCCUCAGAUUAUAAUUAUUGGCGUGAGGAAGGGGGGGACGCGGGCGCUGAUAGAAAUGCUCAGUCUGCACAGUGCGGUGGCAGCAGCUCAGAACGAGGUGCACUUCUUUGACUGGGAGAGUCACUUUCAGAAGGGCUUGCCUUGGUAUCUCAGCCAGAUGCCCUACGCCUUCCCCGACCAGCUGACGGUAGAGAAGACACCGGCCUACUUCACCUCCAGCAAAGUCCCCAAACGCAUCCAUCAAAUGAACCCUGACAUCAAGCUGCUGCUCAUCCUCAGAGACCCCACAGAGCGGGUACUGUCGGACUACACCCAGGUCUUUUACAACCGUCUCCAGAAGCACAAACGCUACCAGCCCAUCGAGUCCAUUCUGGUUAAGGACAACGAGAUCAACCUGGGAUACAAGGCUCUCAAUCGCAGCCUGUACUAUGUUCACAUGCAGAACUGGCUGCAAUACUUCCCACUGGAGAGCAUUCACGUUGUGGACGGGGACGAGUUGAUCAGGGACCCCUUCCCUGAGAUGAAAAAGGUGGAAAGAUUCUUAAAGCUGGAACCCCAGAUAAACGCUUCAAAUUUUUACUUCAAUAAAACUAAAGGAUUCUACUGUUUGAGGGACCACGGGCGAGAACGGUGUUUACACGAUUCAAAAGGCAGGGCUCACCCUCAUGUGGCGCCCGCCAUCCUGCAAAAACUCUACCAGUUAUUUCACGAACCCAACAAGAAGUUCUUUGAGCUGGUGGGUCGAACAUUCAACUGGAAAUGAACGUUUGAGUCGCAGUAGUUUGUUGUAGAGUUACUUGGGGAUAAUCUCCAUGAGCUGUCCUGUUUUCCUCACUAACAAUGUAGAUGAAGAGACAAAGUUAAUGUAAAUUUAAACUAAAUCUAUUUUUGUACUAGUACAUUUGUUACAGGAGUUUGAUGGAGCCAAAUAUCAGGGCAGACUGCAGUUCAUGACAUGCUCUAGUGCAUGUCUUGUUUUUUCUUUUCAUUGUCAAACAUAUGCAUUUUAUUGUCUUUCUGUACUGUUAGAAACACUCACUACUGUUCAGCUCGUCUGAUUAAAGCAUACUUAUUAUGACAUUAAUAUGUUGCAUAAAGAUAAGUACCAGGAAGUUAAAUAUUGUCAUACCUUCAUGUUUCGAUUCAUAUAACUGCAUUUAGAGCUCUGAAGGACCUUUACCUGCUGCUAUGAUUUUCUCAGUCACUUUCAGGCACAAGCCGUACUGAAUAUGUGUUUGUUUGGUUUUUUUUUGUUGCUCAAAUUCUUCUUUCUUUAUGUAAGAGUCAGUUAAAAAUUCUCUGUGCAUAUAUAUAUAUAUAUAUUUGCCGAUCAUCAUGGUGUACUGUAAAUAAUUUUUUCAAAAAGUAAAGAAUUAAUACCAUAAUAAAGAUAUUUUAUUUUUA